ACUGCGUGCACGGUGAAUUUUGAGGAUCGAUCGGAGACUUUUAUGUCAUCACCGGUGGUCAUCAUCGUCGCUUAAACUUCCCUCCUUUCGUCGCGGCAAGGAAAGAUGCUCGCUUGACGACGAUCUCCACCGUUCUUUACCUUUUUAGCUCAACAGUGAGAGAUCCCUCUGUUUCUUUGUUAGAUCCGGUGUUUCUACUUAGUUUUCAUAUGGGCCUAUCAAAAGUUUCGAUCUUUAUGGUGAAUUGAUCCUGUCUUAAGCGCUUCAUAGGUUAAAGAGAACUGUGUGGUUUUGAUUUGCUUCUAAAAGCUUUUCUGUUGAAGCUGAUUGAAACUACAAUUCAGAACACAUUGAAAAUCUUGAUUUUGAGUUCUGUGAUACAAGUGAGAGAAGGAUGUCGACACCAGCGAGGAAGAGAUUGAUGAGGGAUUUCAAGAGGUUGCAGCAGCAAGACCCACCUGCAGGAAUCAGCGGUGCUCCACAAGACAACAACAUCAUGCUCUGGAAUGCUGUUAUUUUCGGGCCUGAUGAUACCCCAUGGGAUGGAGGGACUUUCAAACUCUCACUGCAGUUUUCAGAAGAUUAUCCAAACAAACCACCAACGGGUCGGUUUGUUUCAUUUUCACGGAUGUUCCAUCCAAAUAUAUAUGCUGAUGGGAGUAUAUGCUUGGACAUUCUCCAAAACCAGUGGAGUCCAAUAUAUGAUGUUGCUGCUAUACUUAUAUAUGUAGAAAUGCUUCUCAUAUCCUCUGCACGAAUGUUCAGCGAAAGCAAACGGGAGUACAACAGAAGAUUCCGCGAGGUUGUGGAACAAAGCUGGACUGCUGACUAGUAAAAUAAUAUUUGUUGUAGAGCGUUUGUCUUCUUCGACAUUGAACUUAAUUCCUCUCUUGUGUUUCAUUCCACCAACACUUAUCUCUCUCUUCUUUUAAUGCUUCCAUGUAUUAUCUUCACCACAUUCAUAUUCAUAUUCAUAUU